AUGUUAUCUAAUAUAGCGUACACAAUUCAUAUGCCCUAUGACUUUGCCACCAUUAACUAUUGUUUUUCUCGUGCUUUAUGGAACUUCAGAGUCAGAGGCGGAGCAUGGCAACCAAUAAUCCUUGAUCAUCCUGCAAAAUUUGAAACACUGAUGAAUACAGAGCUCAAGAUGAUAAUAAUGAAAGAGCUUGAGAGAUUUCUGAAGAGGAAAGAUUAUUACUUGGCAUGGAAACGUAGGUAUUUGUUAUAUGGUCCUCCUGGUACAGGAAAAUCAAGCUUGAUUGCUGCAAUGGCAAAUUAUUUAAACUUUGAUAUUUAUGAUUUAGAACUCACAGAUAUUCAAACCAACUCUAAUCUGGGGAGAACACUGAUCGCUACUGGAAACCGAACAAUACUUGUGGUUGAGGAUAUUGAUUGCAGUCUUGAGUUGCAAGAACGAGAAGCUGAACCACGACCUGUUACUGCUCUCAGGACUAACAACGUUACAUUAUCAGGAUUUCUCAAUUUCAUCGACGGGCUUUGGUCAAGCUGUGGAGAUGAGAUGAUCAUCAUGUUCACGACUAAUCACAAAGACCGAUUAGACCCAGCUCUGUUAAGCCCGGGCUGCAUGGAUGUUCGUAUCCAUUUGUCUCACUGCAACCCUUGUGGUUUCAACAUUGCAGCCAAUUAUGUUGGAAUAACUGAUCACCCUCUUAUCUCCACAACCAGAGAGCUCCUGGAUGAAAUAUCCGUGACCCCUGCAGAAGUUGGUGAGCAGAUACUAGAGAAUGAGGAUCCUGAAGCUGCACUGCAAGGCCUGAUUGACUUCCUCGGAGCGAAGAAAACUGAACAAGCUGAAAGUUCAAGCUUGUGA